GUGUUGCAGGCACUAGUGGGUGACAAGGCCAACACAUUAGAGGGGUGGAGGAACCUAGAGUAGGAAAGGGGAAUGGAAUACAGAGGAACUCCCAUGGCCCUGCUUUCCUGCCACAAGUGGGCAUGACUCGCACCACCUGUCCUCCCCCAUUCACUCAGCGGCCUGGGGUGAAAGCUGCUGACUCAUUCUCACAGCAGCACUGGAGCCCCCAGGGUACUAUUGGCAGAGACUAGCAUGUGGCCAGGGCUCUGUCCUUAGCAGGGGGCCCUGCAUCAAUCCUGUGGGGCUGGGACCCUCUAAUCUUUCACCUGAGAGCAGGGUCUGGAUUUAACCCUCAAGCUUUCCCAUAGAGGCACAAUCAGUCAGGGCAGCGAUUGCAGGAGACCCUACAACAACAACCCAGCAUCUAUAACCACAAGGCUUGCAGGCCAUUCUGUAGCUGGCUUCUACCAAUAACAAACCGGUGUGGACAUGAGGCUGCUUGGGUAACAGGGACUAGUGGAGAGGGGCUCAGCUUGUGUCAGCCAAGCGCAUUGCACACACCAGGGGUUCUUUGCCCUCCGUUCCCCCCACAGCUCCCUGUGUGCCCCCCUCAGGAUGCCUUCCAAGGGUGCCAGGGCUGCAAGGUACCUCACUGCCACCUGCCCUUCACCUGAGAGGGGUCUUGUCUAUGCCUGUCAUGAAGCAGCCCCCCCCCCCCCAUCUCUGGCAACACAAGCCCGGCCUUCCAGUCUGCCCUCAGCACACACUGACCUCCAGCUCCUACACCUGUUGCCCUGGAGUGCCUAGCCCCUGACCCACUGGGUACACUCAGCUUUGCCAUGCCUGCAAGAGCCGCACACAGCAACUUCCAAGAAUCACCUCCGGCUCCCUGCUCCGCUGAACAUCCAGCAGUUAGCCAGUCAGUCAGAGUGAAAACAAGCCACCUUUAUUAGCAGAGGGGAGAGACUCAAAUGAGGGACAGGAAGAAUAUUGGAAACAAUCUUGGUUACAGGGAAAACAAAAUCAUUGCAUGCCUAGACUUAACUCACAAGACGUUGCCCCAAGUCCUUUUCCCAGCCUUUUCAGCCAGCAUGGCUGAGAUCCCCCUUUCAUAAGCUCAAGCCUGCUGGCAGCCAGUCUUCACAGAUUGUGGCAUACCAGGGCAUCUUGCUGCACCCCCAGAAAUACCAGACUGAACCCCCAUUUCCCUCUUACUGUUAAUUUCCUGAAGACUCCACAAGCUCUUCACUGGACUCGGUGCAUUGGCAGACUUCUCCUGGGACACACACAAUGGCCCACCAGGGAGAUAGGUGCCUCCCACACAGCUUUUGAGUGCUCUGCCUUUAACUACAAGGUCUAGAGAACACAAUUUUCAGCAUAGCCACAACUCCUCACGUUUUCCAUACAUCCAUCUCACAAUUAUUUUGGCUACCAAUGUGACACAGGCUUCUAGUAGAGACCUUGCGUGACCUUUUUGGUGAAUUCUGGGGAUCCCUGUGCCCCUAUGUAUCACUGUGCCCUCUGCCAGUUGGCAUUGAGAGGUCUUUGGGUCACAACCCUCUAUUUUGAGGACUCAUGGUGACUCCCCCCCACCCCUCUCCCCAUACCAAGUGCUCUGGGUGCCCCCCUUUUCCUUUCCUCCAGGCCAGAAUAUGUGCAUGCUCUCCAUUCUCCUCUCCCCUAUGCCAGGGAUUCUGUGUGCCUUCCACUUCCCACAAACCAGGGCCUUUAUGUACCCUCUUUGCUCCUCCCACCAUACCAGGCUUCACCAUUUCCUCCUAUGCCAGGAACUCUUUGUAUCCCCACACACCAAGGUCAUAUAGAUUGGCCACCUGACUAGCUCCACUCUCCUUCCUCAGUCAAUCUAGAACUAGCCUAGUGGCUCUCAUCUAUAUAUAAAGCUCUCAGCCCCACCCUCCCAGGUAAAUCCUGCCUAUGGGUGGGACUUAAUCUAGAAAUACACCACCCUCCAUCUUGAAUCCUUUUAGCUACCCAUCAAACAGCUUUUGGUUCAGAGAAGCAGGUGCCUCUCCCUCCCUCCCCUUUAUGGUGUCCAAUUAAAUCUUAAAACAACUCAGGCAAACACGCAGCAGCCUCUCAAGAGGAACUGGAGGCCCAUGUUCUCACGGGGCCCAGCUGGGACUGAUAAGCUGGGACCUUCCAGCCCCUGGGAAACUCCUGCCUGCGAUGUGUGUGACAGGACUCCCAGCAACGAUGUCCUUCUCCGGCACCAAUCUCAAGCUGGAGCGGCUAGAGGAGCAGCAGUUGGAGGGCCCCACCUACCAGCUAAGCCAACCUAGGGGCUGCGGUGACAUGGUGGGCCCUUACCCUGACAGUGCUCUCAUUUCCCAAUGGCUGCGCAGGAGUGUGAAGGCCAAGCUGGCAGAGGCCUGUGACUUGGGCGAGUCUUCCCAGGGAGACGGGGAGGUCCCGGCGAAGAGGCGUCUGGAUCCAGAAGGUGCCAAGGACUUUGCCUGGGCCAAGCGGGCCCGGGUAGAGAACAUUGUGUGCAGCAUCAGCAGCUCGUACCGUGAUGGGGACCUGGAAGAAGGGGGCGCCGGGUACGGCCGCUCCCGCCGGGCCCAGGAGCGGAGCCAGCUCAAGCAGCAGCUGGAGAAGAUGCGUGAGCAAGUGUUCCAGCUGCAGGAGAAACUGUGCCAGAUCUACAGCGGGGUGGCCCGAGAGGAAGGAAGCAAUGUGGGGGCAGCCUGGUCCCAGGAGCCAGGCAGAGUUGGAGCCAGCACCCGGCGUCCUGGGGGAGGGAAUAGGCACCCUGGCACCCUGGCUGAGGCCCUGAAGGAGGAGCUUGGGGCAGCCAUGACCCAGGUGGUGGACACAGUCGUGCAGGUGUUUGCCCGCCAACAACCCCCACCGGAGGAGCCCCCCUGCAGUUACCCAAGUGACCAGACAGAGGCACUGCCCCUAGUGGUGAGGAAGAGCCUGCCCCGUGCUCCCCCUGAGCUGGUGGCUGGCACCUUCCCCCAGCCCAUGGCUGUGCCCCCAUACCUGUCGGCCUUCAAGGACAGAGCAGCGGGAGAGGCCUACUGGGAGGGUGUGAGCCUGCGCACCAAGCUGUCCUCACGCCACCUGCUGCAGCCGCACUGUGCCCUCUUCCAGCUGGCAGGGCCGACUGACCGCCAGCUCCCCAAGAGCCAGGCCACAGAGACGCACCAUGGCCUGGAGCCAGCCCUCUACAAGCCCUCAUCCCAGGAGGGCCUCACCCCUGGGCACUUGAAGAAGGCCAAGCUGAUGUUCUUCUACACUCGCUAUCCCAGCUCCGGGACACUCAAGACCUAUUUUUCCGAUGUCAAGUUCAAUCGCUGCAUCACAUCCCAGCUCAUCAAGUGGUUCAGCAACUUCCGGGAGUUCUUCUACAUCCAGAUGGAGAAGUUCUCACGCCAGGCAUUGAGCGAUGGGGUGCUCAGUGCUGAGACGCUGACUGUCACCCGGGACUCGGAGCUGGCACGUGUCCUCAACCAGCACUACAACAAAGCCAAUGACUACGAGAUCCCCAGCAAGUUCCUGGAGGUCUCCCAGAUCACCCUGCGUGAGUUCUUUAGUGCCAUCUCCCAGGGCUGUGAUGCUGACCCCUCCUGGAAGAAAUCCAUCUACAAGGUUAUCUGCAAAUUGGAGUGCGACAUCCCCGAUGCCUUCAAAUCCCCCCACAGCCUGCCGGACACUGUGCAUGAGUGACUGGGGGAGGGGUGCUCCAGAGUUGGGGUCCUUGGCGGGGGGCAGGGGAGGAGGGCUCUGGUAAUUUAUUUCUGAUGUGAUCCACUAUGUCGCUAAGUUGCUGGCUGAGGUAGCGGUGGCCUUGACACCACCCAUGUUUCAAAAUUAUCCUCCCCACACAUAUCAGAGGUGGUUUCAUUGGGAGAGUGUGGGGAGUGCAGGCCAGGGAGGGAUCCCAGCAGUGGGAGAGGCAGGCAGCGUGGGGAGCACAGGAAAGGAUGGGGGAGGGAUCCCAGCAGUAGGGGAGGGAGGUGGCAGCAUGGGAGGUGCAGCGUGGUGGCGGCAGGCUUGUGGGAGCCCAGGCGGGGGAUGGGGAUGGAGGAGGGAUUCCAGCAAUUUGGGGGGGAGGUGGUGUGGGGAGUACAGGCUGCGGGUGGGGCCAGAAGAGAGAUCUCAGCAGUGUGGGGUGGGGCGUGGAGCCCGGGAGGGAUCCCAGCAGUGAGGGAGGCAGGUGGCAUCAGGAGCACAGACCAGGUGCGGGUGAAAGUUUCUUCUUGGGGUGGGAUCUACAGCUCGGAACAGUACCCACAUGGGGCCCAUCCACAGCCUAAGUAGCAGGCAGGGCCAGCUUUAGGAAGUGCGGGGCCCAGUUCAAACAGUUUCGACAGGGCCCCGGCAGGGAAGACAAA